AUGUUAAACGUGACAGAACAGGCCAUGGUGCUUAAUCUGCUCGAAUUCAGCCGCAUCCUCCCUUCAGACCUGGCAGGCCUCAACGAAAAAAAAAUUGACUCCCAGCAGGAUGCUGAUCAACUAGUGCUUGUCAAAGACACCGAUGGAAAUGGACAGGUGAGUUUGUUCUAAUCACUUCUGGCAGCGUUUGCGAUGCGCAGGGGUGACUGCACCAGUAACGAUUAUCUUCUGUCCCCUUACCCUUGUUCUGAACGUCCUUCUACUUUCUGACAACCGGGUAAGGGCAGUGAUCCACGCUAAAAUUAACUCAGGUGACGCUCCGUUGACCAUGCAAAAAUCACAAUGUGGAAUUUAUCCCUGUUGAAGGUGGGGACUCUGAAUAGGGCGUAGGUGAGGGCUCGACAAAUGCACGACAUCAGUUGCCAUAAGACCGUCCACUCAUAUGGAGUCCGAGUCAAACAUUCUGUGGCCUGGCACAUUUGAAUUGGGGUCAUGGAACUUUUUUGGCUUUGUUUACCACUGAGUCCAAGCCUACCUUCAGUCAUCCCAUCAUUGUUUUGCUCUAGGAGCAACGUGGGCGAGGAGAGAGCCAGUUUGUUAGUUUCCGCGCGAAGCAGCCUCUCUGUGAGCCUCGAGCGUUGAACCCAUUACAUAGGCCACGCGUUUGGCAUCGUCCCUUCCAACACUCCACGUUGUUGAUGCGUACCAAGAUACGGAAGCACAGUGCGUGACCGAUCUCAUGAAAUGUUGGCCGAAAUUCUGACAUUCUUUUUUGAUUAGUAAGGAUUACUUAGGUGGGGUGGUUGUAAUAGUGAUUAGCAUACGGCAUAAUCCUAUAGCAUUUCGGACUUGCCAAGGUGUCGCCUUUUGGAUUCAUUUCUUCUUGACCUCCUGCAGACGCUGUACGCGGUAAAAAUUGACUACUUAAGUAGCAUGCAUUUUUCCUAUGAGUUUUCGAUAUAUAUAUUUACAUAAAGUGUACACAAAAUAAGCUUUCUUUUACUCAUUUGGUAGAAAAUAACAUUGUCUUUGCAUUUUAGGCACGAAGAAAGAGUAUAACUGGGUUUUGAAAAGUUUCCAAUUGUGAGAUUUUAAAGACGGUGCGACGUCCAUGCAUACAGGACCGCACAUGCCCGUUUACCACUGUUCCUAAUGAAAUGGACAACACAGUUCGGAUUCAUUGCGAAGUUUUAUGAACGCUAUGUGAUAUCUUCUCAAAGGCAUAGAGGAAUAUAUUAUUUUCUUUACGCGGAAAACAUGCACCUUGUUGACUGAAAUCGCUGAACACUGAUGCACUGGCACAUCAGGCUUAAAAAUAUUCGGGAAUUGGGAAGUUUUUUAAAACCUAAAUAUACACUUUCUUCGUGCAUAAAAUGCAAAGACAACGUUAUUUUCUACCAAAUGAGUGAAACGAAGCUUAGUGUUGUGCACGUUUUAUAUAAAAUAUAUUUGAAUUUAUACGACCAUCGAAAACUCAUAGGACAAAUGCAUGCUACUUAAGUAGUCAUUUUAUACCGCGAGUCCAAAAUGCUAUAGGAUUAUGCCGCAUGCUAAUAACCAUUACAACCCCACCUAAGUAAUCCUUACUAAUCGAAAACGAAUGUCAUAAUUUCGGCCAACAUUUCAUGAGAUCGGUCACUCACUGUACGUAAUGUCACGGCCUCUAGCAAGCCAUCGUAGUCCGAAAGCGGCUCACAUUAAUUCUAAUGAGAAGAGUGUGCGUCGUAUAUGCACUGAGUUGGCCUGAUCCCCCUCCCCUAAUGCAUCACCUGUCAGUGACAAGUGCGAGUCUGACGGACAGUAGACGGGAUUAGGCGCAUUGGAGCAAAAGUCUUAUCGAGCACCAGAACCAGUCAUUUAUUCUUCUGAACUAUAAAUUCGCCCAGUGGCCCGUCUUGUGGAAGCCUUGUGUGAUUCGUGCGCGUGAGAAUCAGCAAUCAGCGGGCCAUCCGGCCAUGCAUGUGCUCCUGGCGAGGGGUGUGCGUUCAGAGGUUUGAUCAGAAGAUAACAAAUCGACGUUUGGCCCUCCCUAUGUCUAGCACAGAGUCCUUCCCCUCAAAACCGGUUACAUGCGCAAAAUUUGUGUAAAAAUCGAACUCUAAAUACAUGAAUAUCUAACCGGAAGAUGGAAGAGGAAUAGGAAAACUAAAUCCUCUUUCCCACCAGCGGGAAACUUCAGACAACAGCCCCGACAGGAGACAGCCAUAUUUGCUGAACUCCGCAAUCUCUUCCUUCCCUGCCAGUUAGUCAAAUUACAAUAGAACACACCCUCAAGGAAAAUGUACGUAAGAACCACCUUCGUGCAUCAAACCUGUCUCGGAAACCAUCUUUCUAACACCGGAGCUCCUUAGAAUACUUCCUACCAUCCACCGCUACCUUAGACGAUCCACUGUGACGAUCGAAGCGAAAUCCGACGGAAAAUUAUAGCUUAUGAUGGACCGGUCAAACGGAGUCUCAGGUUGUAAGAAAGCACCGCAGAAGGGCAUAUUCUUUAGGUGCAAGCAUUCUUGGACAGGAAGAGUUCGAGAAAUUAACAGCUCUCCCUCUAAAGUCUGGUAUUCCGAUGCUAGGGUUAUCGACUGUUUUAUAAGGCCUUGCCGCAACACCUCUCGCUUGAAUAGACUAGGGGACAAAGUAGGUGGUUUCUUGACAGUGUAUUUUAAUGGGGAACCGAUCAGUAAGCUUUGCUAUUUGAUUUCCGAAAAAGGCAGUCUUACCUAAAAAGUGGUAAAAUGAUUUACAAGCAGUCUACCAGAAAAUGAGGGUCAUUUGUGCACUUGUCUGUCGUUUGAUAAAUAGUAAGAAUUAAAUUUAACAUUAAUUUCACUGUCAGAUGCCCACCCAUUAAAAGAAUGGAAGUGUCUAGACGUCUCCGAGGAACGAAAAUGCGUCUUGCAAGAGGACCGGAGACGGGAGAGGGCGCAGGUGGAUGGCAUGGUCGAGCCUGCACCCUGAAGUCCCAAGACUAGGCGCACUAGCAGGCAGUUCCGUAAGAUUGUGGGACUUUUCGAUGCCUAGCCUUCAGGUCCCUGUCUGACCAAAAAUACGACAAGGUACGAGAGGUAGUACAGUUCCAUUGCUCUGUAAAGCGUUUUAGGAUAGAAAGUGAAGUCUACGUUCGGAAGUUUAAUAAAAAAACGCAGGCAUAGAAUUUCUCAUAGGGAGCGGCUUGGGACGAGCAUGCCAGCGUUUUAAGGAAACAUUUUUGUGAUGUAAACGUGGUACGCAAUAGCUUUUUCAUAGUUUUCGACAAGCAAAGCAGAGCAUGUCAAUAUAAAGCGCCUAGGGAGUUCACGAAACCAAUGUCGACUGAAGAAACCAUUUGAGGUAAGCGGCAUCCAGUUAGAGUUAAAUCACGGUCCCUCCUCCCCAAUAGAAUCCUGCCCCAAAAUUCCCGCGUUAUGCCAGCUGUGAGGAUAUGUCGAAAAGCAGUGUAAGAAAAGGAAACGAAAUCACCAAACUUAAAAGAAUGAGGUUACUAAGCUUCCCAUCUUUGCAUUAUAGGUCAGGAGUGUAGGGACCUGCCUAUUACAGGGGCUUUUCGCUAAUCUCCGGUGAGAUUAAGGUUAGCGUUAGUGUCGGGGUUAUGGCUUGGGUUACCGUUGGGGUUGGGAUAAGAGAUGAUUUGCCGUUUCCAGAAUCUUGCGUAAGACCACCUGUAAUGCUGGCGGAGGAAGGUUCUAUUCCCGUGCCUAAUCUUUGUGCAAAAUAACGCAUGAUCGAUUGGCUUUGCCGAAGUUCAUGCGUAAGCUAGUACCAGAGCUACCUAAAUUAACCCGUUAGAACCCAUUACGGGUUUUAGAAAAACCCCAUCAUGCCACACGACGCUGGCCAUGAAAUGGUCAGUUUGCAGUAUGUUACUUUACUGCUACUGUCACAACCUCGUUAGGGUUGAACCCUUAGAGCUAUGGGCCGAUCAGAAGAGGAACUGCUGUCGGCAAGAGCCUCAAUGAACGCCGCUUCAGAUUUGGAUAUUUUCAUGGAAUAACUUGAGGUAGAACACGAGUACGGGUACCGGUAGCCUUCAGUAAAAUUCCAAGAGGUCAGGGUCAAGGUUAGGGUUACGGUCAAAAGUGGGGCUAGUUUGAGGGUUAAGGUCGGAAAACGGGACUAGAUGUGCCUUGGAAUCUAGAAUCAAGCCACCUGUCAGCAAAAGUAGGAUGAAGGAACCCAAUUAGCUGUCAACAGACUGUGGAUCGUGUUAUACGGGAAUUAUUUUAAUGGGGGGGAGUUUACGGAUGGAGUAGUACGCCAGGACAGUAAGUUGACAAAGCGCAGAAAAACACAGAAGACGGGCGAAAACAAUGCUUUCGAUUCAACUGAUGAAUGUAUGCAUAUAUGGUAUCCAGGUGGAUAUUCAAUAGUGUCUCAUUUUGAAUGAAUGCCUGGCCAUCGAACAACUGCUAUCCCUCAAUUCAUGCUCAUUUGAUCUCCGUUUUUUCGUCCCUUACUCUCGGAUACAACCGACAUUUAUCAGAACUUAACUGGAUUUCUCAAGUACAUACAUCAGCACACGAUCCACAGUCUUCCAACAGCUAAUCGGGGUCCUUAACCCUACCGUUGCCCACCUGCCAUACCGAGGGGUGCCGAUUCCUGUGCCUCGUCUCUUAUGACACUCCCAACCCGGUUCCGGUUUUCUUUUCCAAAAGUGAUUUUUUGUUGGUUGAGUAACUGACCGUAAGAAUUUUUUCAGUUGCUAACAGCUACUCGUCUGGUAUAAAUCAAAGUCUGACAAAUUCUUCCAUGCCGUCCACUCCAUUACAUUAACGCUGAACUAUAUCGAAAUAUUUUGUCGGAUGAUUAGGAGAGCGCCAUCGCCAGCAGCGCCGUAAGUGUGUUCUUCAAAAAUAUGACAAAAAUAUGCAAACAGCAGGCCCGGCUGAUAUCCGAACAAUGAUCAUCGAUGCUCGGGGUCUUCUGGUCAUUUGCCCAGCAGGUCUGACAGCUGAGCUACCGGUCCAUGUCGUCGGCUGUGAUUGAAGACACUCAAAGGGGUUUAUCAGUGACAUUCACAUAACUGGACCUAGAUCCUAGAACUUUCUGCCAUUUGAUUGGUCAAUGACGAUAAAUACGCCGCAGCUGGUUUUUCCAGGAUCCUUUGUUCAAUCGAUCUGGUCUGCCGGAUUACCGACCUCCUACAAGGGCUCGAUAAUGAACGCAAGGACAAAUGAAUCGCUCGUAGUCCGCUCUGAAAUUGGGUCAAAUCAGAAAAUGCUGGUCUUAUGUGACAUCUGUGGCUUCAGUGCGGGAUGCGGUGGCCGACCCAGUUGCCGGCAGACUUCCCGCAUCUUGGGACACCUGCCGCCCCCCAGUGUUGUUAUUGGUUAAAAUCCUGGUCAUUUUCUGUGGAGUGGAACGCCAAGGUGAGAGCUCGGCCAUGCCAUCCACCUGAGCCCUCCCCCGUCUCCGUUCUUUUUGACUCUGUCUUACCAUCGGGUCCAAGGGGGAGGGAGGAAGAGAGAGUGCGGUAGAUGCAGUGCUAGUCUACAUUCACUAUAAAUUAAAUCACGCGGAAGUCACUGUGCCUGCUUCAACUUGCUGCGGAGCACACGGUGGACAUCGUCGGAUGCGACAGUCGAGCUGUCGUCUAUGGUUUUCGCACUACCUGAACUGCACUAUGCUGUUGGACUAAAGUGUAGCAUUGCCACAAAAAUGAAAUACAGAGCUCCAACUAUUGAAAGACUUGAAUUUGAUUAUCCAAAGCAUUUUGCCCCUGGAGACGCAGUUAAAACGGCGAGCUGCCGAAGUUGACUGAGGCGGCGCGGAGAGUCCUACGCCACAACAGGGGGAUAAGGUCAACUGGAGUAACUCCGUACUGCUUCCUUGUCUGUAAAUUCAUGGAACCCUUUACAUAUAUGGCAAUUGCCUCGCUUGCCUUGUAAUACAAACGUGUCUAAACCAGGCUUCGAGGUGUGAAGCACUAUCCAUGCAGUCCAAACGCUUGUGACGUCGGCAAGUAUGGACUACAUUCCCGCCACUGAGGGUAAACAAAGCCUCUUCAAAUUACCACUACCCCCUCCCUCUCUCUCUCUAGGUCAUGCGGAAAGCCAGUCUACUGAAGAUUAGACACAUGGAGGAGGUGACAGAAAGGCAACUCAAGACCUUCAGACGCUCCUCACACGUACGAAGAAGCCUGCUCUUUCUGCUCUUCCUGGCCUACCUCUUCGCCAAGGGUUUCUGCGUCGCUCUGCACAUAACCACGAGGACGGAUGAAAGUGUCUUCCAGAACGCGCUUGUUUCAGUCUUAAGACCGGAAACGUGAAAAAAAGCUAUCAGUCGAUUUUUGUCGAACCAUCCUGUCAAGUUAAGAUAAAAAUGAUACUAUUCCACUACUGCUUACAACUAUCUUGUUAUAAUAGGGGUGUGGAAUUCUUUGCUGGCAAAGUGACGCGUAUAAGCCAAAACAGAUUUCGGUGUUUAUACGCGUCACUUUGCCAGCAAAGAAUUCCACAGUACUCAACAAUGGAUACCCUGCACAAAGAAUUCCUUUGUUAUUGUUCGAGCAGAUCGGAUUCCCAGCUCAAGGUCAGAAUACAAAACAAGUUAAUUAAAAGAACGCCGAUCGCGCUCAAAAAAGGUUACAAAAGGGGAAGGGGAAUGUCAACAGGGGCCAAAUGUGGAAGCACUUGAGAGGAGGGCGUGGAGAAUUCCAAGCGUUGACCAGCUGGAUACAACAAGGAGUCAACGGUUUUCUUCUUCGGGAAGGCGUGAUGGGUCGGCACGGAGUGUGUGGACAUCCCCAUGUGGUAAAGUUGGCCUCCCGCUAAAUUGCAGUGAGCACCUAUUUCCCUGUCCUAACUUCAAUCCUGGCUCUAAUCUUAAACCUGGAGAUUAGGGUAGGUCCACCUGUAAUACGGGGGUUCAUAUUUCCCUGCCCAACUUAGAUUUGAUGCAGACGGAUGGCCUUAGUGAUCCCGUGAUAAUCUAUAAGGUGAAUAAUUUGCCCUAGGACCCGCUGUCUCUGAUUGUCACGCACGAAUUUGACUUCGCGAGCGUGCGGAUAAUGCCGUGAGCUAGCAAUAAGACCAGAUUGGGACUGAUGGAGGGCUGGGUGUCUGAUAUCAAAUCAGUCCACGGACUCGUUACUAUGGUUUUUCGACCGUCGCAUCCGACGAUGUCCACCGUGUGCUCCACAGAAAGGUGAAACAGGCAUGGUACCUUGAGAGGCACUUACCACACUCUCUCCUCCACACCUGGAUCCGGUGUCAAGACAGGAUCAAGAAAACCAGGGGAAGGGCGCAGGUGGAUGGCGUGGCCGAACCCGCACCUUGGUGCAUCACUCCAAACCCACUGGUCCACAACAAACACUUGACUAGUAUUUUGACCAACAAAAACAACAGAAAGGACGUGGAUGACUGGGAAGCCAUGCACAAAACCUGUAAAUACAGCGGGAUCGUAGGCACAUCUACCGCCAGAGAACCGCCAGGGCACGCCAGACUGCGAGGGCUACGGUUUUCUGAUCAUGGCCUAGAAGUGUGACAUCCAGCCCUGCAAUUGCCUGGACCAUCACCCUUCAAAGGCUGGGUAAUCAGUCAGUCAGCGACUGAAGGGCACUGCCCAUUAAGUAACACACACUACCCACAUGCGUGAGAGUGCAGAGGUCACUUUAAGAGGGGGCGGUGACAGCCUUGUUCUCGGCUCACCAGUCCGCCACUCCGCACAUAUACACACACAACUGGGCAGACGGCGUGGACUGAGUUGGGGCGUCAGUGGGCUGCCUUCCGAGCCACGGCGCUCGACGCAUCGUCUUCGUCUCAGACUCCGACCGCACAUGCAGCAAGGGAGCUGCAUGGCGAAGGGGCCGAAACGCACGCUUCCCACUUGCGUGGGUGAUGAUAUUUGGGUGCUUGUGGCGGGUGAUGUUGAUGUGCGGUGAGAUGCUGGUAAUGGAGACUGUGAUGGUGUGGUGCAGCCGGCGGUUGGCUACCGCAGGUUAUCGUGGACGCGCAUGUGGCCUAAAUGAACCAUCCGGUGCGUUAAUGUGCGAGGGCAGUGUGGACAGUGGAGGCGCAUGCGGCGAGUGUAGGUUGGUGUUCCAGGCACUGGCUUACCAGUCUCUGUACAACGGAUUCAAAGUGACCGACCGGGCCGAUGUGAGAGUUGAAUGUACGGGGACAGUGUGGGCAUGAGAAGUCGGCGGCGUCGGUAUCAGGCUCGGUAAUGGUGAUGGUGGAGCUCGUGGUGGUUGGCGCGCUGGGCGACAGGAGGUGAGAUGAGCUGAGAAUGGCAGGUGUGCUGAAUGUGCGAUGAGUAUAGGUUGGUGAUCCAGGCACUGGUUUUCCAGCCUCCAUGUGACGAAUUCGCAAGUGACUGACCAGGUCGAUGUGUGAGGUGAAUGUGAGAUCGCAAUGGGGACAGGUAUGAACAGAGUUCACAUCGCCGGAUGUGGGGUAUUGGUGAUUUUUGAAGUUGGUGGGACGUCAGACCUCGUCCCAUCGUUGGGAAUAGCGCAUGAAGUCGUGUUGGUGAUGAUGCUGGCAGCUGCGAUCAUUGCAGGGGUUGGGACAGCGGUAGUGUGUUUGGCGGUGACGGGGGUGGUGGUCGGCGCGGGGUUUGCGGCAGGGGCGAGAGUGGGAGAAGAAGCAGGCGUCGAGUUUAUGGCGUAUUGGAUCCGGCGUCCAACGAGACCGGUUCGUACGCGGAAUGCGCGUUGGCAGCGCGGACAUGUUGGAGGCGGAGGAUAGUAGACAUUGCGGCAGCGAGGCACUUGUGAUUUGCGAGCCUCCCGCUGGGCCUUGGCGGCGGCGAUCCGAUUUGCUCUGUGAUUGACUGCACCAGUUUUCAAUUCUCUUCUCCAGGUUGAUCUGUUCUGGGGGAGGUCUUUUCCGGUCUCUGGACUGAUAUGCAGUCGCUUAAGAUAAUUUUUCAAUGUGUCCUUGUAGCGUCGUUUUGUGCCACCCGGUCGGCGAGCAUCCGGUAGUGACAUCACCGUAGAUAGACGUCUAUCUUCCAUCCUCCAGAGAUGGCCGCUCCAGCGUAGCUGCAGUUACUCCAACAUGGCGUGAAUGCUAGGGAUGCUGAUCCGCUCUAGGACUUCUGCUUCUGGAACCCUGCCUUGCCAUCUCAGAUUUAGUAUUCUGCGAAGGAAGCUCAGAUGUAAGUGGUCGAGUUUCCUGGCAUUGCAGGAGUAGUCGUUCUAAAUCUCCGCUCCGUAGAGAAGUGCGGUCAGGACGAUGGCCUUCAGUUUGGUCUUCAGUUGGAGGCCGAGGCGGUUACGCACGGAGUUUUGUAGCCGGCUGAAGGCUUGUAUGGCUUUGGAGAUCCGGUUGGCCACCCUGACUUCGAUUCUGAUGCAGAAAGACAUUGUGCUGCCUAGGUAGUUGAAGUUAUACACGGCCUUCAUUUGAACACCGUUGACGCGGAUGCGAGGGACACCGUAUACAGCGGUCGAUGACUGUUGAUACAUGUUCAUCAUCUUGUCCGUACUGACGUCAGUCCGAAGUGGGCGCGGCCGGAGGCGAAGAGAUCCACGCUCCGUUGCAUGUCCUCUUCGAUCGUACUGCUGAGUGUGCUACCACGCCCUUCGUUGGCGCGGCUACUAGGUACGACCCAAUUCCCAGCCAGGGACGCACGCCGUCACGACGCCGUGAUACGGCGCGGACCCAGCCAUAUCGUGAACACAACCCCCUCCCCCUCCCUUCCGCUAACUACAAAACUGGUCAUUUGAUGUUGCACUUAUUGUCCCAGUAAUCGCCCGUUCACCUUCUUUGCAACAAGAACCUAGGGCUCCUCCAUUGUGGCAAGAGCACUGAAGUUGGAAGAGACAUUCGCAAUAGUGGAAGAUUUCGUUUUUGGGUGUGCUUUGAGCGUAAAAAUCAUCAGACCAGUCCCUAUUAGCAGGAGAAGACCAAACGUAUCAGAAGGGGUGAGGGGACGAGGGGGAAUUUAUCGUGCGCAGAACUGCGUCGCUGUGCCCGGCAGUAAUUUCUAGCCAGGUCAGAGCAUGUUCUAACGGUGGUAAGUCGAGCCCGAGGGAGAGUGCGUGUGUGUGCUUGUAACGGCGGUUUGUGAAGCUGGUAUGAGUAUCAUAUGUCCGAGUGGCUUGUUUUAUUAUACAAGGUAAGAGUGACUCCAAUUGUCUGAAUGCUCGCGUUACAGCCAAACAGGCCGCAAGUUUACCGAAACCGCUCGCGGUGAAGUUGAAUAAUCCUGACGUAACAGCACAUUGAGCAAGGACGGUGGGCGUCGCAGUGAUGUUAUCUGGCAUAUAAUAGGGAUAGUAAACUACUUCUUAAUUCCUAUGGAUCUGGAAGACAUUUGCGAUGAGGAAGUUGGAAACAGAGAGGUUAAAAGCAACGUGCGAUCCAUUUAAGCAGGUCGAAGCUCGGGCAACGGUAGGGUGAAGGACCCCGACUAGCUGUAGGUGGACUGCUGAGCGUGUGCUGACGUAUGUGCUUGUGAAACCUAGUUUGGCACUUAUGACUGGCAGUUGUACCCAUGAGCGGGGAAGCAAAACCGGAGAUCAACUGAGCAUGAGUCGAUGUAAAUCAUAAAUGUUUGCAAGGCUGAGGACUCAGUUCUCCGAAGGUCAGGGACUCUUUCAAGAUGGAACGCCUUGGAACAUGCAGCUGGAAACCAUAUCUGCAUAAAAUCAUCAUUUUACUCAAAAGCAUCGUUUUUGUCACCGACCGUCUUCUGUGUUUUCCUGCAUUUCGUCACCUUACUUCCCGGCGUAAAGCCUCCAUUACCACUGUUACCGUACGAGAUGAUCCAGAGUAUAUCGACAGCUAAUUGAGGUCCUUCACCCUACCGUUGCCGAAGUCCGAAAUCCCUUUAAGCUCCCUAAUUCGAACAGUACAGAGGCUGAGAACGACUCAGGUGAGGAUAACCAAACUAUCAGCAGUGUUGCGCAAUAAAAGUCAUUUAAGCACUACCCAAAUUUGCAGUUUAUCUGAUUGCUUGAAAGUUUUGGCAGCAAAAGGUGCCAGGACGAACACUGAGCUUAUCGGGGCGGCUAAAGCCGUGGGCGGCCCCUAAGUAUCACAACCUCGGGCCGGGUGGGUAGUGGGAAGAGGAGAAAUCAGACGACAGUAGAGAGAAAGGAAGAGUAAAUUGCGCUGUGUAGAAAAUAAGCAAAAAAGAAAUUGGUGCAUGUCGGUGGUCCAAAGAGAGGCGCACAAACUUAGCGCCCGGCGUAGGCGUCGGAAUGUUUUAAGUGAGGACAAGGCCGCGUCAGGCUUGAAGAUAAUAAGUCUAAAUGCAGGCAGUUUCUCGGUUUCAGGGAUUGGCCAGACUCGAUGGGAGCACCAUAGUGGGCUCCUGAAUAUCAGGCGGGCGACCGCGUACGCGCAAGUAUGCGCCAGACAGAGGUGCAGGGGUAUUGCAGGCGCCCCCACUGACCACUGGUCGAGUUCUUGGCCAAUUCAGAUGGCGAUGAUGAUGAUGAUGAUGAUGAUGAUGAUGAUGAUGAUGAGGAGGAGGAGGAGGAGGAGGAGGAGGAGGGGGAGGAUGGCGGUGGUGUUGGUGGUGGUGGUGGUGGUGGUGGUGGUGGUGGUGGUGGUGGUGGUGGUGGUGGUGGCGGCGGCGGCGGCGGAUCAAACUCAAAAAGCACAAACAGGUAUUUGGGAACAGACCCUUUUUCCUACAGCAGUUGCAGCGAUUACUCUCCAAAGUACAGAGUUGGGUAUCGAAAGCACAGUGAGUGA